AUGUCGGCGAAACGAUACAGCUGGUACCUCCCCUACAUGGAGUCACCGACCAGCGAGGAGAGCAAGACCAACGCCGGAAUGGACAACGAACAAGCCACCUUCUGGCUCUCGCAGUUCAUUGGCAAGAACCUGCGCAUCCAUGCUUCUGACGGCCGUGUCUUUGCUGGGCAGAUGAAGUGCACCGACAGAGACCGCAACAUCAUCCUCUCACUUGCAUACGAGUACCGUGCACCGUCUGCUGAGGCCAUUCGCAAGGCCGUUGAAGAGUCUGGGAGCCCAUCUGCCAGUGUGACGUGGAACAGCCGCUACGUUGGUCUGGUCGUUGUGCCAGGACAGCACGUAAAGAAGAUCGAAUUCGAAGAGAGCACGUUGCCAGGUCAAAAAAGUGGCCUCACCCUCUGA